AGCUAUGGAAAAGCUUUCUCCUGGAACGUAUAGAUUGAAAAUAAAGUAUAAAUCAGUACCAAGUUUUGUAACAUUUAAAGAUACUAUGGCAGCAAAUAUAGAUGUAGAUCAUACAACGCGUGAGACUGCCGAAGAGCGGGUGGAGUGGAAGUCCCUGGUCCUUUGGCGUCGUCCUUGGAAGACCUUAAAGUAUGGAGUCAUUGAAAUCUAUCGGUUCCUCCUUUACGCCUACAACAAGUUAAUGAGCAAAUGGCUCCUAGGAAUUUUGAUGUUUCUCGGAAUUAUAGUGAUCCUUCCAGGCCCUCAUGCCUAUUACGCGGAUUUUUGUAAGAAUUACCUUGGAUUCGCGGUCUACUGGCUGUUCCUGGGAAUGCUCACAUCUGUGGGAUUCGGAGCUGGGCUGCACACCUUCCUGCUCUAUCUGGGUCCUCACAUAGCCGCCGUUACCCUGGCAGCCUACGAGUGCGGUACCCUGAACUUUCCGGCUCCACCGUAUCCGGACAAAAAGAUUUGUCCCCCAGAGCCCUACAAGCAUCAGGAAUUUGAUGUAUGGGUAAUCCUGUCAAAGGUCCGACCGGAGGCACUAUUUUGGGGCUUGGGCACGGUCCUGGGAGAGUUACCCUCAUACUUUGUGGCACGCAGCGCCCGGCUUUCGGGUGAGAUUGAGGACGCGGAGACGGUGGGCAACAGAAGACAUGAUGGUAGCCCAAGUCUGCUGGAGCGGGUCAAGCAGUUGAUAGCAGAACGGAUGGGACGAGUGCCCUUUGUGACAAUCCUGAUAGCCGCGAGUCUGCCCAAUCCUCUGUUUGACAUAACUGGAAUCAUUUGCGGCCACUUUCUGGUUCCCUUUUGGAGGUUCUUUGUGGCCAUCUUGAUUGGCAAGGCUUUAAUCAAGGCCACCAUCCAGCAGGUGUGCGUCAUUAUGGCAUUCACCGAUGAUCUGGUGGAGAAAAUAGCGAAACGUCUGCUCAAGGUGCCCUAUCUUGGACAUUCGAUGAAUAAUCUCAUCCUGGGGGUUUUACAGUCCACCAAGCAGCAGAUGCACGGGGGCAGCAAAUCAGAGCCCCAGGAUAUCUUCUUAGUUGUGGUACGGGUCUUCGAAUUCUUGGCCUUCGUCAUGGUGAUAUUCUUUGUGGUUUCCUCACUCAAUUGUCUGGCCCAAGUCCACUGCAGGCGGCAACAGAAGGAACAGCGCAAGAGACGCGAUCUGGAGAUGAUUCUAUAUUCCGACACAGAGGAACUCUUAACAGAGGACGAGUUGAUCGUCUAAGUGGUUAUUUUGGUUGAUUUUAUCAGUAUAUUUAUUAUUAUUUUAUCGGAACAAAAUUGGCUUACCAUCGAAUCCAUUCUUACUCUUAUAAGCGAAACAAGAAUCAAGUUAACGUUUUAUAUUCUUUAUUUU